UUUCACAGUGCAACUAAGCCGUACAUGUUGAGGUACUCGGUUGGAAAAAUGGGAAUCUGUUUGUCUGACAGGAACCAGGUUAAGGACGAGGAUCCAGAUGUGCGAGGUUUUCGCAAGCCUCCACACUACCGCAAUCGCGAAGGGCCAAAAUACAGGGUCGUCAAUUUCACUCCGGACUACGAAUACCGUAAGUACGAGCCUUCAACUUGGAUAUGCGUUCGGGUGAACGGUGUGGAGUUCAAAAAGGCCGCGGAUAGAGGAGAAUCGAUUUUAGCGAAGUACUUUGAUGGACACAAUGGACCAGAGAAGACUAUGAAUAAAACAUGUCCACUGAAGGUGCAGAUAGAGUUCAAGCAAGAUCUCCAUGAGCCUGGAUACUUUGUUGUCGCUAAGCACCUACCUUACGAGUACUGCGAUCGCCCUCCUGCACCAAAGCACAAAGAUAUGUUCAUACAAGAUCUUCCAGAGCAUUUUGCGUAUGUUUCAGUGUUUGGAGGUAUCGCUGACCAGAACGAAAUUAAACAGCGACUGGACGCUCUUAUUGAGGUUUUGGGAAACGAAAACAAAGAUUACGAGAAGAUGGAUUAUUCUACGACUCGUUUUGAAAAAGCUUACAAUCUAAGGAAAAACACCAAUGAGAUCAUUCUUCUUACAAACAGGAGAGUUUAAUAAUAUGAUAUCCGGAACGUUUUAUCUAUUUUUUCGUUUUUCCAAUUUAGCAUUGCGAACGAGGUUUUUUUCUAACUAGUAUCUUUACAAUCUGUAGCUUCAACACUAGCUUUGGAGGUUUCACGAAUACAGUCUCUUUUCCUUGCGAGCGACUAUUAGAACCUAGAAAUGCUUGUUUAUUUUUUUGCUUUCUUCAUAUCAGACAGUUGGAAGGAACUUUCAGUUUCAUCAAGAUUUUGAAGCUACAAAAAUCCUUCAAACCUCCCGUACGUGAUCAUGCGAUAUGAGAGUUAAUAUUUAGAUAGCUCAUGCAACCGGCAUCGGUAUGGUUUUCGUAUCUUAAUGAACCAAUUAAUCAAAAAAUCAGAGCAAUUUAAUAUUCAUUCAAUCACAACAAAUGAUACUAGAUUCCUCGGUUCUCGGCGUGCAUGCAUGUGACGUCAUGACCGCCAUGUUUGACAAAUAACGGUUUACAGUAGCAACGGUAUUCAUACAACGGAAAAGCGACAAAAACGGGUCAAUAUAGAGGAAAAGUAGAUUUAUAUAUAUAUAUAUAUUUUCAGGUGGAAAAAACCCCAAGCAUUUCCGGUUUUUUAAAGCCAUUUCGACGCGUGUUUGGAAUAAGAAAAUUCGACAAGUUUCUUUUCACAAGACCUGAUCAGUGAUGACUAUGGCAUUGAAAGUUGAGACGUUUGACUUGAAUGUCAUUGUCUGUUAUCCCGUGUAAACCAAUAUUCCCCAUUACACAGAAUUUUAAAAGGUAAAUCCCUAGUUUACACUGCGCUUAAUAUGAAUAAAUAA